GUUCAUUUCAAAAAUAUCCCCAAUAACCUUUACACCUAAAGCCACUCGUUAUCUCCACCCUAAAACUCUGUUUUUCAUUCAAUUUCACAACAAAUUGCAUCAAUCUGUGAACUGUUUAUCAAAUCACACGCGAAUUUAACAACACUAAUCGAAUGGAUACUGAUUGCGUGCUCGAAACCCUAACAGAUUCAGUUAUUAUCGCAUUAAUUUCUGUUUUAAUGCUCGUUUCAUGAAGCUUGUUCGUUCUGGUUAUUUGAAGUUGAAGAAGAAUCAUCUUUUGGUAGAUGUUAAUCAUGGAAAAUUCCGAGAUCGAAGAGAACUUGUUUGCUCUUGGUGAACCAAAGCUACAUGGAGAAAUGUGCAAAACACUUUCUCUAAUCUACGUCAAAGUGUUAAGCGUUUUUCCAGAAUUGGAAGCCGCUCGUCCGCGAAGCACUUCAGGGAUUCAAGCGUUAUGCGCUUUGCACAUAGCAUUAGAGAAAACGAAAAUGAUCCUUCAACAUUGUGCUGAAUGUAGCAAAAUUUACUUGGCUAUAACAGGAGACUCUGUUGUUUUAAAAUUUGAAAGGGCAAGAUCGGCUCUUGAAGAUGGUCUUAGAAGGGUUGAAGAUAUAGUUCCACAAACUAUAGCUUGUCAGAUUUCUGAUAUGUUAAGCGAACUCGAAGGAAUAGAGUUUUCACUAGAUCCAUUAGAGAAACAAAUAGGCGAUGAAAUUAUCGGAUUACUUCAACAAGGUAAAAACUUCAGCAAUAAUAGCGACAACAAUGAAUUAGAAACAUUCCAUCAAGCCGCAUCUAAGCUCGGGAUUACGUCUUCACGAGCCGCCCUUCGCGAAAGACGGGCCCUCAAGAAACUUGUAGAAAAAGCAAGAAUCGAAGAAGAUAAACGAAAAGAAUCAAUCGUUGCGUAUCUUUUACAUCUCAUGAGAAAAUACUCAAAAUUAUUUAGAAGUGAUUUCUCAGACGAUAAUGAUUCACAAGGCUCAACCCCGUGUUCACCUACAAUACAUGGUUCUUUCGAGGGUUACAGCGGGUCCGGGACCCACGCGUUUGAGAGACAACUUUCGAAAUUAAAUUCUUUUAAUUUCAAACCGAACUUCAGGCGGUCCGGGCAGGUACCGAUCCCGCCCGAAGAACUAAGGUGCCCGAUUUCAUUACAACUUAUGUAUGAUCCGGUAAUAAUCGCAUCCGGGCAGACAUACGAGAGAAUUUGCAUUGAGAAAUGGUUCAGUGACGGGCACAACACCUGCCCGAAAACUCAACAACAGUUGGCUCAUCUCGGUUUGACCCCUAAUUACUGCGUCAAGGGUCUCGUAACCAGCUGGUGCGAACAUAAUGGAGUAAUAAUUCCCGAUGGACCACCCGAUUCACUUGAUUUGAACUACUGGCGGCUCUCACUGUCCGAAAGUGAAUCGGUAAAUUCGAAACCAGUGGAAAACGGUGGGUUGUGUAAUUACAUGGGUAUGAAAGUUGCACCUUUUCCUUUUGAAGAAAGUGGUGUAAUUGAGGAGGUUGAAGGUGGUGGUGAUGAUGUGGCGGUGACGGUUGACCAUGAGGGUGAUGUGUUUGAGACGUACGAUGAGUUCUUGACGGUUUUGAACACGGAACAGAAGCUAAGGAAAAAGUGUAGGGUUGUUGAGAAAAUAAGACGGUUGUUGAAGGAUGAUGAAGAGGCCCGGAUCUAUAUGGGUGCAAACGGUUUUGUUGAAGCGUUGUUAAGGUUUUUGGAAUUGGGUUUGCAUGAAGAAAAUGAGAUUGCUCAAGAAAGUGGAGCAAUGGCUUUAUUUAACCUUGCGGUUGACAAUAAUAGGAACAAAGAAAUGAUGCUAGCAGCAGGGAUACUAUCUCUACUUACGCAAAUGAUCCAAGGGUCAAAAUCGGUCAACGCUGCGAUAGCCCUGUACCUAAACCUCUCAUGUUUAGACCAAGCCAAACCGAUCAUUGGCUCCAGUGAGGCGGUCCCAUUCCUAAUCAACGCUCUUCAAGGCCCGUUCGAUUCCCAAUGCAAAACCGACUCACUUCACACUCUUUACCACCUCUCAUCAUGCCAUUCCAACAUCCCACGACUCAUCUCAUGCGGAAUUAUACCCGCCCUACUACCGUUUCUAACCGACAUGGGUUCGAACUCAUGGACCGAGAAAGCCAUAGCCGUGUUAAUAAACCUAGCCGUGACUAACUCAGGCCGAGACGAGAUCAUAACGGGCCCGGGUCUUGUUAGCGGGUUAUCCGCAUUGCUUGACAUGGGUGAACCCGAGGUCCAGGAGCAGGCUGCGGCUUGUUUGUUGAUUUUGUGCACGGGUAGUGACAAGUGUUGUGAGAUGGUGCUCCAAGAAGGGGUUAUACCUUCUUUGGUGGCGAUUUCGGUUAAUGGGACAAUGAGAGGGAAACAAAAGGCGCAAAAGUUGUUGAUGGUUUUCCGGGAGCAACGGCAGAGGGAUCCGCCAGUGGAGGCGGUUCAGGGUGGUGGAGGGCGGUGUGAUGGCGGUGACGAGCGGAAGGUGUUGAGUAAGUCGACGUCGAGGAAGAAGUUGGGGAGGGGGUGGAGUUUUUGGAGGAAGAACAAGAGUUUUUCUGUGUACCAAUGUUAAAUUCUUGGUUCUUAUGGUUAAAAGAUGUAAAAAGGAAAAUUUCCACUUAAUCUUUUUUUGUAUGUUUAUGUAGUUUUUUUUUUUUUUUUUUCAUUUUACCACAAAAGGAGAUGUACAGAUCUUGCCUCUUGUAAGUUUUACGGGGACCGCGGUGUAAUUUUAGAAAAGUAAGUAUCAAAAUGAUUAAACCAAUCUUGUAA